CCGCUCACCCUCGCUUCGAUUCGCUUCAUCUCUGCUGCCGUUCCGCUCCAUGGCAACCUCCCGGCCCGCACCUCGCGACGCCUCCCCAUCCCGGUGUUGACUGCGCCGAUUCGCGCCCCGUCGGCCGCCAGGGAACCCUAGCGCCGCGGAUCCGCCUCUCCGGCGAGAUGCCGGUGGGCCCCACCGCCGCCUCCCCCGCAGCCGCCUAUGGAGAGCAGGGAUAGCUUCCUUCGGCCCCCAACGCCCUCCCACGCCGCCGGAGCCAGUACCGGCAAGGGCAUCACGGUCCCUACCGGCGGGGACACGGCCGCCAGCAACCUGACGUCGUCGUCGGGGUCGUCCUCGUCUCUCACGCUCUCGCCUCCCCACUUCCUGAGACAGAUUCAUGCAGCUGUCAAGCGGCAGAGACCGCUGGGUUCGAUGCAGUCCAACGUACCAAGAGCGACUCGGGUCCUGGUGUCCACGGCUGAGCGAACAAAUAGAGCUGGUCCCAGCCCUUCUGAGGCGAAAAACCGUGAAGGAAAGGUUAUGCAGACUCAGAGAGGCCUGUUGGGACCCUCCAGGCUGCAAAAUGCGACGCCUGAUCAACAGAAAAAUGACAGCAGUGCUAAAUUGGGGUCCUCUACUCCAGAUGAGCUGAUGGUGACAACUCCCUCAAUGUUAAAAAAUAUCACAGAUACAUGUGGCCAAAGUGUUGGCCAGAACUACCAGCAGAAGACUGAGGCUAAUCUGUUGGUCGAUAUGGAGAAAUCAUCUUUGGAAACUUCAUCUCAAAUUGCAUCUCGCAAUGCAUUUGUGGCUGAAAGUUUCAAGAAAGAACAGUUUUACUCAGUUGGUGAUCCACAGUUAACUUCCCAGAGUGAUAAUGUAGGGAUCACUGUUGAUAGUAGAAUGGACAGUAUGUUGUCUUAUCUGCAUUCCGUUUCAUUGACAGCAGGAGAAAGUAUUCCUGCGAAUCAAGGAGCACACUAUCACCAUCGGAACCAUCAGGAGCUUGAAGUUGCUGAUGCUGCAGUUGAUAUGGAUAUUAGAUAUGAUGCACCUAAUUUGUGUCAGAGAGGGAUUGAAGAGGCUCGUAAUCAGAAUCAUGGAGAUCCAAUGACCCGUUGCUCUGCCAUUGGUUCAUCCGUUACUGCUGUUUCACUACAUUCAGGGCCUACUGUCCAAAGUUCACAAGCUCCACAGAUUAGCAGAUACGCUUCACCAGUGCAGAUGCCAGAAUCUGCUGCAGAAUCAUCUAAGGGUGUACUGGAUCAUGGUCCUCAAAAGGAGCAUGCAGGUGUGACGGGUGUUGGUGAUUGGAAUCCACUCGAUCAGCAGGUUUGUCUAGGCGACGGUGCCACAGACAAAGCUGUUUCCAGCAUCGGCAGUUUGCGUUCCGAAGGCUUACCUGCAAAUGACCAACCUACAUCUGCCAGGGAUGGUGGCGCUCCCCGACCAAACAAGGGUGAGAAGGAGCGUCACAAAAGGAAUUAUGAUCCUAAUGUGUUCUUUAAGGUCAAUGGGAAACUUUAUCAGAAACUUGGCAAAAUAGGAUCUGGGGGUAGCAGUGAAGUCCACAAAGUUAUAUCAUCAGAUUGCAUAAUAUAUGCCUUGAAAAAAAUCAAACUUAAAGGCCGUGAUUACCCUACUGCCUAUGGUUUCUGCCAAGAAAUUGGGUAUCUAAAUAAGUUGAAAGGGAAGAGCAAUAUCAUACAGCUGAUUGAUUAUGAGGUAACUGACAAAAGUUUGCUUCUAGAAGGUUCCAUGUCACCCAGGGAUGGAAGAAUUAGGGAUGAUCACUACAUUUACAUGGUCCUGGAGUAUGGUGAAAUUGAUUUAGCUCAUAUGGUUGCUCAAAAGUGGAAGGAGAGGAACAACUCUAAUAUGAAAAUUGAUGAAAACUGGCUACGUUUUUAUUGGCAGCAAAUGCUUGAAGCUGUCAAUACAAUACAUGAGGAGCGGAUAGUGCACUCUGAUUUGAAGCCUGCCAACUUUAUGCUUGUGAGGGGCUCGCUUAAACUUAUUGACUUUGGCAUUGCCAAAGCUAUACAGAAUGAUACAACAAACAUUCAACGUGAUGCUCAGGUAGGGACACUGAACUACAUGUCACCUGAAGCAUUCAUGUGCAACGAUACUGACUCAGGUGGUAAUAUUAUCAAGUGUGGGCGCCCUUCUGAUAUUUGGUCUCUUGGCUGUAUUCUUUACCAGAUGGUGUAUGGUAAGACACCAUUUGCAAACUACAAGACAUUUUGGGCCAAAUAUAAAGAAGUCACUGAUAGGAACCACAAGAUCAUGUAUGAACCAGUUGACAACCCAUGGCUCAUCGAUUUGAUGCAAAGGUGUCUUGCAUGGGACCGAAACGAGCGAUGGCGAAUACCUGAGCUACUUCAGCACCCUUUCCUCAACCCUCCUGUUCCCAGGGAUUUGCCUCCUGUCGACAAUGAUCCAUGUAGGUUGCUGAUGGAGAGGAUCAGAGUUCAUUGGGAUAAUCCAGCGGUUCAAGAACUCCGUAGUCUAAUCGAUAAGCUCGACGAGGAUCAGUGCUAGGAAGAAGAAUUUAACCAUAAUUGAGUGCUUUACUUUCUGUACCAUUCCUGUUCUUAUGAGUUUUAGUAGGUAUCUGUUGUAAUUUGUAAAUAGUACCUUCAUCGGUUGGAGACGUGGGAGCAUUUUUUGGUGGUGCCCUGGCAUUCUUUGCUUCCUGGUGUUUAGAAGUUGAUAAUGUAACAGAUUUCAGAAAUGCGAGCUGAGUAAUGUUAAAUUCAAGGUAAAAUUGUUGUCUGUUUUUGAGG